CCCGGCCCAGCCCCGCUCGGCCCGGCCCGGCCCGGCUCCGCUCGGCUCAACUCGGCCCCGCUCAGCGCGGCCCGGCCCGGCCGGCACCAUGCUGGCGCUCUUCAACAAGCUGCUGGACUGGUUCCGGGCGCUGUUCUGGAAGGAGGAGAUGGAGCUGACCCUGGUGGGGCUGCAGUACUCGGGCAAGACCACCUUCGUCAACGUUAUCGCGUCAGGACAGUUCAAUGAAGACAUGAUCCCGACAGUGGGUUUCAACAUGAGGAAGAUCACCAAAGGGAAUGUUACCAUAAAGCUCUGGGACAUCGGGGGGCAGCCGCGGUUCCGCAGCAUGUGGGAGCGAUACUGCCGUGGAGUGAGUGCCAUCGUGUACAUGGUGGAUGCUGCUGACCAGGAGAAGAUAGAAGCCUCUAAGAAUGAACUGCACAACCUGCUUGACAAGCCACAGCUCCAGGGCAUCCCGGUCCUCGUCCUGGGGAACAAGCGGGACCUGCCCGGUGCCUUGGAUGAGAAGGAGCUCAUUGAGAAGAUGAACCUCUCUGCCAUCCAGGACCGAGAGAUCUGUUGCUAUUCCAUCUCCUGCAAAGAAAAGGACAACAUCGACAUCACCCUACAGUGGCUUAUCCAGCACUCGAAGUCCAGGCGAAGCUGAGAUCCUGCGGGCCUGGCUCGGAUUGGGAAGAUGCCAUUGUCCAAGCCCACGCCCCUCUCUCCUGCUCUGUCCCUCCAGCUCUCUCUCUAGAUGGGUAUUUUUAGGGGACCCCAGACUCUGCUGACAUUGGGGCAGAGUCCUUGUUUUUAUUGUAAAGGAGAUGUCUGACUGCCCUCCUCUUCCCCUUUCCUCUCCUCCCCCUCUCUUCCUCCAUUUUGGCACUGUUCUGUUGUUGUCUGUGUAUACAGUAUAUAUAUAUGUA